AUGUCUACGAAGCCAGCAGGAUGGGAGCUGAGCGUAGAAGACCUCCUUACUGCGUUAAAAUGGAAACUUGAGGCCGGAGACGAUGGGUUUCACGAUAAUGCCAGCAUCUCGAGCUCGGAGCUCGCCAACUGGUGGAAUAAAAAGUGCGACGGCAGGAUCCGGCAAGCAGCCGAUAUCGUCGACCUUGUUCAUUCCCGCAGGAAUAUAUCCUCUCUAAUCAACCGCGUUCCAGUCGAAAUUCUGGGACAGAUCAUGCUUUUCUUGCAGCCACAGUAUGGCGACGCAUUUCUCGACCCCGACAAGGUGCACUGUUUGCGACCGUCGCAGGCUCAUUCCUGGAUCAAAAUUACACAUGUCUGCAAAUCCCUGCGCGCCGCUGCGCUUAAUAACCCCUCUCUAUGGUGUUCGAUCAAUUUAGCGACCUGCAUUUCCCCCGGAUCCGGUGCGCUUGGUAUGGCAUUUCUGGAGCGAUCGAAGCCUUUUCCCAUCGACCUCUACCAUCAAUUCUCCCCGCCGUUGGACUCGGGAUUAUAUGAACACUACCGCGUCAAACAUUCGCCAUCCCUGCCUACCAUGUUUGAGGAAUUGGAUGCCUUCUACGACCACCUGCGAAAGAUCCCAGAGCGGAUCCGCUCUCUGUACCUCGAGGACGAGAUCACAGACCUCGCUUGGGCGGUGUUACAGGGUCCUCUUCCAAACCUUCGGACUCUUCAUAUUGCACCUAGGAUUUCCCAGUGGGACGGUACUGCCCUCCAUGGCUUCGUAAAGGUGUUGCCCAGCAUGAAUAUGCGACGGCUACGCCUUGCGGAUUUUCUCAUACCAAAGGUUCUUCCAGGGUCUCUUACGCAUCUUCUUGUCGUUGGUGAAGAUUACGGCCCGUCAGUCCGGGAACUGCGGAAGCCGCUGAAUCCCCUCCCAAACCUUGAAUACCUUCGAUUGAGUGGUCCUUGGACCUUCGAGCAAACGGAUCGUGAUGAAAAUCCGGAGCGAGUCGUGAACUUGAAGUCUCUGCGUAAACUCGAGAUCGUUGAAAACGACAGUUGGUCGGAAAUCGGGUUCCCAAUGCAUAGCCUUGAAAUCUUCAUAUUUCCCAUGGACGCGGAGCUCGUUUGGGAAACGUGCAAUUUAUGCGAUGAGGGCACUUUCCACGAGGAGUACGACGAGGAUGAAGAUGAGGAACCGUGGGCUGCGUCUCUACUGCCGCCACAAAGAUACAUGGAGCAGGUAACCGAUGUCCUAUGGCGUCCAGGACCUGGCCGCACAUUCACCCUCAAGGGGCCCAGCCUCCUCGUUGAAGAAUCGUCUCCCUCCUCCGUGCACGUUCUCCUCAGAGCGGCGGCUGCAUGCAUUCCCAACGUAUCCCACCUUGAUCUCGGUGGAGUAAGCGACUUCCAGCAAGACUUUCUUCUUCUCAGACUGUACAGCACUGUCCAGCACCUAGAAGUUUACGGGUACGAAUCCCUAUCGACACUUCUCGUCCAGCUGCAAGCGGAAGACUCGGAAGGACCCGAAAGGCAGACGUUUACCCAAGCUUUCCAAGAUUACCGUCCACAUAGGCGACGAGAGCUUGGAGGAUCGAGGCACAGUGCGGAAGAUUUUGCGAGAAAUACGACAAGUCGAUGA